GGCCGAUGUAACAAUUUGUCACGGCGGCAGGAGAUGCUCGGACAUCGCGUUAUUGGCGACGUGUGAUGCGCACCUCCGUGCCGGCGAUGCCCCUGCCUUCAAGGCCAUGCGAUGUGAUGAGCGUUGGGAUCAGCGCUGGCAUCAAUUACCAGCGCCUGUGGCUCCACCACGCACGCAGCGGCAGACGUGUGGCACCGCAACCAGCACCGCCGAUCCUGCGCAAGCGAACGUCUCCCCUACUCGUCGGUCCAAGGUCCAGGAGCUUUACCGUGUCCAGUGGGCAAUGCGUGGCCCCGGAAAAGAUCGAGAACGUCCUCCACACAAGCUGGUUUGUGGCACAAGCGAUUGUGUUUGGCGAUGAACACCAUGACUCGCUCGUGGCCGUGAUUGUGCCAGAAGACUACGCGUUGUAUGCCUUGGCCAAGAAGCUGACCAUCGCGACUUCCUCCUUCGCCGAGCUUUGCGAACACCCGACGAUCGUUCACCUCGUGCUCCGUGACCUUGUCGUCGUCAGUAAAGAAGGCAACCUGUGCGGCUUUGAAACGGUGCGAGCUAUUACGUUGCUUCCACGUCGAUUUACUGCCGAAUCGGGCGUCCUCCUGCGAAGUUGCAAGGUUGAUCGCGGGAUUGCCAAGGCUCGUUUUCGACCCUACAUCGACGCCAUGCACGCCACGAGCGACGAGGAUACGCAGCGCAAAAGGCCCACGCGAUCUGCGUAAUCCCACCGAUUAAUUUAUCAACGUAUCGUGGCCCUUCGUGCUGUGGGGGUGUGCGUCACUGA